UGACUUCAAGUGUGACGCCAUUCGAAGGGUUUGCAGCAAAUCAACGGAAUUAACGGUGUUGUCAACAAUGCUUUAUUAAAACGGUAUACAUUUUAACGCAUUAUUUUGCAGCUUACGGAAGCGUAAGCUUUUCUGAUCGGUAAGUAUGGCUAAGGAUUCUAGAAAUGUUAUAGUCGACUCGUGAAAGCCAUAUAAACCGGGGCAUAUUAUAUUUACAGACUUCCACAAGCGCGUUUAACCCGCUGCUGCUAACGUAACUCACGUAUGGAAUAUCAGUGCACACUAUUGAGAUUAUAAAUGGUGUGAUCAAUUUGAUGUCUACGAUGUUUUAUUGAUAGCUCUGCUUUGUUUCAAGAAAGAAUGACUCGUGACCUGUCAUUCUUUCAUAUGGAAAGAAAUGGAGAAGUGUGACGUCUGAUCAACCUUGAAGGGACCUCUGUAAUUUAUGUUGUAAAGGACUUUUGGAUGUUUUGGUGUCUCAUCUGCUGCCUUGGGUAUCCAUCUAAUGUUAGGACCGUUUGAUUGAUCAUUUGAGUCGUCAUGACAGAGUUCUGGUUGAUCUCUGCUCCUGGAGAGAAGACCUGCCAGCAGACAUGGGACAAGAUGAACAUGGCUACAAGCCGUGCCAACAACCUGUCCACUAACUACAAGUUCAACAUUCCUGACCUUAAAGUGGGGACUCUGGAUAUCCUUGUUGGGCUGUCAGAUGAGCUCGCCAAAUUGGACGUGUUCAUUGAGAGCGUAGUGAGGAAAGUGGCCCAGUACAUGGCUGAUGUGUUAGAAGACACCCGAGAUAAAGUUCAGGAGAAUCUUUUGGCCAAUGGAGUUGAUCUGGUCACAUAUAUUACACGGUUCCAGUGGGAUAUGGCCAAGUAUCCAAUCAAACAGUCCCUUAAGAACAUUUCAGGGAUCAUCUCCAAGCAAGUGACUCAGAUUGACAAUGACCUUAAAGCAAGAGCUUCAUCUUAUAAUAGCCUCAAAGGCAACCUACAGAGCCUGGAGAGAAAGAGUGUGGGGAGUCUUUUGUCUAGGAGUUUGGCUGAUAUUGUCAAGCAAGAUGAUUUUGUUCUAGACUCUGAAUACCUUACUACUCUACUUGUGGUUGUCCCAAAGACGAGUUAUGCUGACUGGCAGAAGAAUUAUGAAACUCUUGCUGAAAUGGUGGUUCCAAGAUCCACAAAACUUCUUUCUGAAGACCAAGACAGUGGGUUGUUUAGUGUCACACUCUUCAGAAAAGCUAUUGAUGACUUCAAACACAAAGCAAGAGAAAAUAAGUUCAUAGUGCGUGACUUUCAGUACAAUGAAGAGGAGAUGAAAGCAGACAAAGAGGAGAUGACUCGCCUCUCCACAGACAAGAAGAAGCAAUUUGUCCCUUUGGUACGUUGGCUUAAAAUAAACUUCAGUGAGGGCUUCAUCGCAUGGAUACACAUCAAGGCACUUCGAGUUUUUACAGAGUCUGUCUUGAGAUAUGGGCUGCCUGUGAAUUUCCAGGCCAUGCUGUUGCAACCCAGCAAGAAGAAUGUGAAGAAGCUGAGAGAAGUUCUACAAGACCUUUACAAGUACUUGGACAGCAGUGCUACUAUUGUUGAUGCAUCUAUGGACAUCCCAGGUCUGAAUUUCAGCCAGCAGGAGUACUAUCCAUAUGUUUUCUACAAGAUUGAAUGCAAUAUCCUGGACUUCAAAUAGAAUUCAUAUUCAAAUGCACCAUUCCAUUUCUGCUUGUGUGAGACACAAAGAUUGGUCCCUUUAAUUUAUUAAUGACUUGUUGUUUUUUCUGUCCUUUUUACCUCUCUGCCAGUAACUUCCUGUUACUGUCUCAUUAUUCUAUCAUUCCUGCAGAUGGCUAUUGGCAUUAGCAGUCACAUCUGUUGUGUGAUUGCUGGUAAAAUUGCUUUUGCUUUAAUAUGUUUACAAAUGAAGAAUUAUUAUUAUUAUCAAUCUGUCCUUUGAAGACAUGUGGUUCAACAUUUAACACAGAGGCAGUGACAUCACUCCUCUUUUAUUGAGCCAUAGUGGUUGUGCAUCCUCUCUGAGCUUACUUUGUGCCAUGCGCUGGUAAUGUAGUGAUUAUAUUUAAUUAUGUUGUCAACCAAUAUGUUCAUAUUUGUCUGUGUUUGUGCUUCUCAUGGGAGAUUACAUAAUUUAUAUAUUUUGGUGGAAAAUGAGAAAUACAUGAUCACAUGCCGGGUAUACUGUAAAGACAAAUCUGAGUCAAUAAAAUUAUAGAAUCUAAUUUUUGCUUAUUUCAUUUCAUGGUCAGAGGUAAAAAUCCAUGUUAAAAUCACUAUUUCUUUGCACUAAUCAUGCAGAAUUAUUUUUGGAAGGAGGUAGUAAUAUUAAUAAAAGCCAGCAAUACAACUCUUUAUUCCCUUAUAAAAAGCACUUUGGUGUUACCAUGGUGAUGGUGUCUGAUGGUAACCCCAUGGUACUGUAGAAACCAUGAUAUAUACCAUGGUACUAGCAUGAUACAUGUAAAAAAAAAAAAAAAAAAAAAAUCCAUUGCAGUACCAGACAGUGUACUUUUUAUGUUAUUUAUUUAUUUUUAAUGAAAAAUACAGUUCCACCUCCUCUCUCACAGCAGUUCCCCUAGAGGUGGCCAAGCCCAAUGCAACUCCCCAAGAGCAAACCGAAAUCACUGCAUCUUUUCCUGAGGUGUCAGUGCCAGCCUACACCCCUAGGAGAAGUAAGAGGGGGAGGAGGGAUUGGGCCUCUCCUAAUCCUGUCAUGGCCGAGUUCAUCAUCUUGGGGUCCCACACUUCAGCCACAGAGGCCAUGCUCUAGCCACCAGCGCUUCCUGUUCUGGCUGCGGAGGCCAUUUACCCACUGCCAGCACUUCUGGACAGGGAGGCCAUUCCCCAGUCGCCAUCGAGUCCAACAUCCCUACGAUGUCUGCCACCCUGUCAGUUCUGCUAUCGGCCGCCUUCCUGGUGGAGCCAGAGUUUGCUGCAGAGUGCCAGGAAGUGCCCUAGUCUAUUGCUGACUGUCAGGAGGUGCCACAGUCUGUUGCUGUCUGCUAGAAUGCGCCUGAGUCCACUGUUUGCUGCAGCUUCCCAGAGGGGCCUGAGACUGCGGGUUCCACCAGUCCGUGCUCCUGGUCCCACUCCUACCCAUGUUCCACCGGCACCACCUUGGUCUCGAGUUCCGCCGGUGCCACCCUGGUCUUCCCUUCCACCAAUGACCCCUGGUUUGCCCCGCUCACACCACGUAUUCCUGCUCCUCCAGUCUGCCCUGUGGGUGGCCUCUUGCUCCGCUCCAACAUUUCCCCCUGGAUUCCUGCUCUGCCAGCAAACCUUUGGUCCCCUGUUCUAUCUGUGCAUCCAUGGACACCAGGAGCAAGCAAAUUGGGGAAGGGGGUGAGGGUGUACUGCCAUGAUGCUGUCUGGACUGCAUUCUGUAUUCUGUCUUUUGUGUAUUUGUGUAUGUUGUCUGGGCACAUGGCUUGGUCUUUGUUUAUGUUUGCCAUUUUGCUCCCAACUCUGCCUGCUCGUUUCCCUAAAACACACCAUCUCAUCUAGUCCUUUGUUACGUUCCUCGUGUGUUUUCCUCCCUAUAUAUUGUGGCCUUUGCCAGUUUUGUAUGUUAUGGUCAUGCAGUCUCGCACAGGUCGGUCUUGUGUUUGUUCCUGUUUGUUUUCUACCUGGAGAUUUUGUUCCUUUUUAUUUUGUUUUUAAAUAAAAGCCCAUUGCUUUGA